AUGCCGCCGAAGAUACGUAUAGCUCCGUCCUGUGCGAGUUCACCCGGUGGCACGCCCGGUGGGGGUCUUCCGAUUCGUCGUCAUUCGAGCAUAGGACCGCAGGAGAGAAGAGGUUCGACGAUCAAUUUGUCACCACCGACCGGUUUCGGUCUACGGCUCGGCGGAUCGCAAGAGGGCUCUACCCUCUCGGUGCCAUCGGCGUAUGUAAGUCCCCUCGAUGUGCACGUUUUAAAAAUAAUUUAA